AUGGAAUCAAAGGAAGAGAAUGGCUUCACGCUGUUGGCCAAGGAACAGCAGCGUCUGCUGGGCUUGGCAGUUGCCCAGCACGCAGUGUUGGAGGAAGCUAUCCAGGAUGCCUUCCAGCGCUUGUCUGGGCCCGGCGCUUGUUGUGACGAUCAAGCUGCUCCGGAUCAAUUGCAGACAUCUCCUGCGGCAGGGAUCAAGCUCGCGGUGGCCUCUUCGCGUCAGCCUUCCUCGGUGCAGCUCCGGGCUACUGACGCACUGCCGGAGGAGGCUCCGGUGCAGCCUGAGGUCCUGCAGCGCUCCCCUUCGAUCUCCGACAGCUCCGAGGUUUCGGAUGCAGAGGAGUUUGUGCCGCCAGUCACAGUGGGCCGAACCUCCACCACCUCUGCGCCUGGCAUGGGGAGCACCAAUGUCCGCGCGGCCGCCGCCUUUGCCAUCUCCGAGACGCCCCAGACCUGGUGCGACCGCAUCCGAGGUCGGAUAGUCACACUACUCGACUACCUCGUGGGGCCCCUCGUGUUUCUGAACUCCCUGGUGCUGCUCCUGGAGCUUCAGAUCGAGGGCGGCAUUGCAGGCGCCGGCAUCGGCAUGGAUCCCGCGCCGACAUGGUCGGACUGGGCCCCGGCCCUCCGAACCAUCGAUAGCGUCUUCGUUUUCGUCUUUGCCGUGGAGCUUAUCAUCCGAGUUGUGCUGGAUCGACAGGGCUUCGUGAGGGACGUGGCGAACUGGUUCGAUGGUUUUAUCGUGGUAGCGGGUCUCGCGAACCUGCGACUCGUCCUGGAGCUCGUGAAGGGGGGUUUUGUGGUUGAGGGGUCUGACGCUCCGAGUAACUGA